CUCAGGUGGCCCAGGUCUGGGCAGGCUGGCGGCGGCCCUCCUGUCAUCUUGGCGGGCCUGGGCUGCAUCCUCUUCCUGUGGCUCCACUCCUCCCUGCUGCUGCCAGCCACUUGAAAGCAGAGACCCCACUGUCGCCUCCCCUGGCUGGCCUUAGGGUCCUGUGGGAGACGCACCCCUCAGCCGCCCUCCUUGAGUGCCCCUGGAUCCCACGCGGGGUACCAGUUUCCUGCUCCUCCCUGGCUGGGCGCUCAGCUCUGGGCUGGGGAAUUCAGCCUGACUGGUUGUCCAGGAAGAUGCUGUCUGGGCUUCCCAGGGUGACCCAGUAUCUCCCUGAGCAGUGUGCCUGUCACAGCUGCCUCCCUCCCUGUGAGUACCGGAACAGGCGUGACUGGUGGGGCCUCUGCCUCCUUGGGGCCAUUGUUGUACCUGCUGCUGCCCACCCCACCCUGCUCCCUCCUGGCACCAUCUCCUUUGCUUCCCCAAGGUCCCUGUGGGCACACAAGGCAAGGAGGCCAGGAGGAGCCGGGUGCCAGACCCCCUCCAUCCCAGUCGCCUGAGGCAUCCCCCAGCCACCACUGUGAGAGGUGGGAGGCCGGGCAGGCCUGUGGUCACCAUGGUACAGGUGCACCACCUGAUUUAUAGGCCAAGGGACUCCUCUUGGUCACCUCUCUGUGCCCCCAGCAUGGGGCUGGCCCUGCAGUGCACCCACCAUCAAGGGCUGUUGUCUCUUGCUCCAGAAUGAGGUCUUCAGGGCGCCACUGCUCGCAGGACCGGGAAGGACCUGGUGCCGUUUGCCUGGAGCGGGAUAGACAGGGCAGGUCCCUGAGCCUGGGGUCCGAGGGGCUGGGCUUCACUCCUCCUGUAGUCCCGGCGCUCCUGGCCCACCCCCUAACGUUGCUUAUCUGUGGUGGAGGAAGCAUUAGCUCAGCUGCGGCCUGCACAGCUCCCGGGCCAGGCCCACCUCCCUUCCUUCCCCAGCAGCCACUGUUAGGUGCACAGUAGACAUGAUGAAGCGAUGUCCUUAAAGCAGAUAGCGUCUCCCGAGGCUGCCCCAUCCCUAGGUUUUGGGGGAGCACCCCUUCCCCUUUGGAGGCUGAGCACGGCAUGUGUGGGCACCUUGGUCACACUCCAGAGCUCGCUUCAUCCCCACGAGCGGCACCUGAUCUCCAGUGACGGGGAGACUGAGGCCUGGCAAAGAGGACCUGUUGCCUUUGUGUAACUGGCCUCAGCAUGGGGGAGGCAUUGACCCCAGGCCUGCCAGGCCUGGCAGCCACAGCCUGGCUAGGUGGAGGUUACUGCCUUCCACACCACUCUGGCUGUGCCUUCCACACCCCGUGCCUGUGAAGAGCUCGGGGCCUGCUUCCUAAUUUGUAAACACGGGGCGUGUGUCUCAGUGGCUGUGAGCUACCGAGGGGGCGGCAAGCGAGCCGGCUGCGCAGGUCCUGAGGCCCCAGGCCUCAUUGUUGGCCAACAGGCAGCUGGGGGCGGGCUGCGGCCGCUGAUUAAAGGCCGCCUAGAGCAGCCUGUGUGGCGACAGGUGCCCAGAAGCCCAGGAAGCCGGUCAGUGCCCGCCCCAGUUUGAGGACUUGCUAUCCCCGUGGGAACCUCACCAUGUCCGAGGCACCCCGGGCCGAGACCUUUGUCUUCCUGGACCUGGAAGCCACUGGGCUCCCCAGUGUGGAGCCCGAGAUUGCCGAGCUGUCCCUCUUUGCUGUCCACCGCUCCUCCUUGGAGAACCCGGAGCACGACGAGUCUGGUGCCCUAGUAUUGCCCCGGGUCCUGGACAAGCUCACGCUGUGCAUGUGCCCGGAGCGCCCCUUCACUGCCAAGGCCAGCGAGAUCACCGGCCUGAGCAGCGAGGGCCUGGCACGAUGCCGAAAGGCUGGCUUUGAUGGCGCCGUGGUGCGGACGCUGCAGGCCUUCCUGAGCCGCCAGGCAGGGCCCAUCUGCCUUGUGGCCCACAAUGGCUUUGAUUAUGAUUUCCCCCUGCUGUGUGCCGAGCUGCGGCGCCUGGGUGCCCGCCUGCCCCGGGACACUGUCUGCCUGGACACGCUGCCGGCCCUGCGGGGCCUGGACCGUGCCCACAGCCACGGCACCCGGGCCCGGGACCGCCAGGGUUACAGCCUCGGCAGCCUCUUCCACCGCUACUUCCGGGCAGAGCCAAGCGCGGCCCACUCAGCCGAGGGCGACGUGCACACCCUGCUCCUGAUCUUCCUGCACCGUGCCGCAGAGCUGCUCGCCUGGGCCGAUGAGCAGGCCCGCGGGUGGGCCCACGUCGAGCCCAUGUACUUGCCACCUGAUGACCCCAGCCUGGAGGCUUGAGCACCAGGGCCACCUCCUGUGCCAUGGACAGUGCCAGCCUCCACCGUUCAGCUGGCCUCUACCACCCCCGGCUCCUCCUAUCUGGGCAGCCUCAGGUCCGUGCACCUGCCAGGCCUUCCCUGGCUGCCUGACCAGCCAUACAGCCCUGGAUUCCUCUCCAGGCCCCGCUUCCAGGGCCGUGCUCUCCCGGCUAGCCUGUGUGCCCAGCAGAGUUUGCUGUUUCCCAAUAAACAUUGCCAACUACUCA